GUGCGUCUUGUCUUCUCCCUGCCAGGCCACCCUUCACCCGCGCAACCCAAUAUGCUUAAGCGCCUCGCACGCACAAAGCAGUCGCCAUGGGUCUGCCACCAAUGUCUCCAACACUCCCGCCGCCAGCGACGCUUCAACUCCACUGUGGCCGCCGCCGCCGCCAAACCACGCGAUCCUGCCCCCAACCCGCUCUACGGCCUGUCUGCCAGCGGCAAGACAGAUGACGACGCCCUCCGCAAGGUUUUCGAUAAUGCUUCUUUCUGGGACAGCUUCAAGCGCGCAUCCCAGAAGGGCACACCCACAGGAAUAAUAGGCAACAAAUACCUUACCCAUCCCCAGGGUUUCGUUGACUUUGUCACUGUGACGAUACAACGCUGCAAUGCCGUGGUGCAGAAGGUGGCAGCAGCGCAGUCGGUCGACGACUUCAAGCAUAUGGUCAAAGACCUCGAUAAGCUCAGUGAUCUGCUGUGUCGGGUAAUAGACUUGGCCGACUUUGUAAGAGGCACGCAUCCGGAUCGCAAGUUCCAGAUCAUGGCAAUGAAAGCCUACCAAACCGUGUUCCAGUAUAUGAACCAGCUGAACACGACACCAGUACUACAUGACCAGCUGAAGAAGGCCUCGGAGAUAUCCGAGGUAUAUGACACAUGGACCGAGGAGGAGCGCAUCGUAGCGAGGAUACUGAUGGAGGACUUUUCAAGAUUUGGUAUUGGUCUAGACGACAAGACAAGGGAGCGCCUAGUAGAUUUGAGUGGCGAGAUUGCCGAUGUUGGCAACGAAUUCGUCGAAGGCAUGGCUCCGGAGAAGCUGAGCCUGAAGUUCAAGUCAUCAAGGCUGAGAGGGCUGGACCCAAACCUCGCAAAGGCACUGACAAAAUGGGGCGAAACUAAAAUUUCCACCAUGCACCACGAGUCGCAAGCUGUGCUGAGGUUUGUAGAGGAUGCCGAUGUACGGCAAGAAACCUACCAAGCUGUGCGGACAGCGAACAAACCAAGCAUCGCGCGUCUAGAAAAGCUAUUGAAACUACGAGUCGAGUUGGCGCAAACAUCAGGCUACGAGACCUUUGCACACAUGACGCUAGAAAACAAGAUGGCGCGGACACCAGAAGCAGUCAACACUUUCUUAAAAGCACUCUACGAAGAUAGCCGACCAGCUGUCCUCGCUGACCUAGAAGAGUUGAUGGAGUUGAAGAGAGGCGAUGCUCACCAAGACAACUUCCCCAAUCGCAUCAACGCUUGGGACAAAUUUUAUUACACACAGAAGAUGCUUGCGACAAUGGAGGGUCAUUACAGGCAGCGUACACCCGACUCUUUGUCCGCAUACUUCUCUGUUGGCACUGUACUGCAGGGCAUAUCGCGACUGUUUGACCGAUUGUAUGGUGUUCGCUUCGUUCCCAAAGAGACCCAGCCAGGUGAGGUAUGGGAAGAUGGUGUGCGACGACUAGACGUCAUCUCCGAUACCGAAGGCCAUAUUGCCGUGCUAUAUUGCGAUCUAUACUCGCGACCUGGCAAAACCCCUAAUCCGGCUCAUUUUACUCUCCGAUGCAGCCGCGAGAUCCUGCCUUCAGAGAUGGAGGAAAUGUCACACAUGCAGCAUCGUUUCUCUUCCCCCAUCGAGGCAGCCACAGACGGCAUGCCCGUCUCCUACAACGCCGAACGCAACAGCUACUUCCAAUUACCCACAAUAGCAUUGAUUUGUGACUUUAGCAAAGCUUCGCACUCUCGACCAACACUCCUCAACAUCCACGACGUGCGCACUCUCUUCCACGAAAUGGGCCAUGCACUCCACUCCAUUCUAGGUCGCACAGCUCUGCAAAAUGUUUCCGGUACUCGCUGCGCGACCGAUAUCGCCGAGCUGCCUUCGGUUCUAAUGGAGCACUUUGCCUUUUGUCCCCAUGUCCUAGGUUUAUACGCACGACAUUGGGAAACGGACGCCCCUCUUCCCAUGGCGGCCCUAGAAUCCCGCCUUGCAAUCGACAAUCGAAACCAGUACUCUGAACUCGAAAGCCAGAUUCUCCUCUGCAUGCUCGACCAAGCGUACCACUCCCCGAUUGCCGCAGACCCGAAUUUCAACUCGACAAAAGUCUACCACGACGUCUACAACAAAUACGCAUCUGUCCCUGAACCCGCCGGCACGGCUUGGCAAGGUUUCUUCGGCCACCUGUUUGGUUACGGCGCUACAUACUAUUCCUAUCUCUUUGACCGCGCGCUAGCGGCCAAGAUCUGGAAGGAUGUUUUCCAGCACAAUGGCCAACAAGGUAGCUUGGAUAGGGAGAAUGGUGAGCUUUACAAGAACGAGGUACUCAAGUGGGGCGGAGGGAGAGAUGGUUGGCAAUGUUUGGCUGGUGUCUUGAAAGACGAGAAGUUGGCCAAGGGUGGAGAGGAGGCUAUGGCCGAAGUGGGAAAGUGGGGAAUUAGAGAGGCGAGGGGGAAGUAGAGAGUAGAUGGCGUUUCUUCUUUCCAAAGCUUGCACGUACUGAAGGAUGUAUAGAUGAUGGCUAGAUGAUUAGAAGUUGGACUGAGUGUUGAAGAGCACCCGGGGCAUUAGACCAUAGAGCUUGAUACUGCAGAUCGCCUGCCAUGAUGUGGAAAUUUAGUUUAUACCCCUU